AUCAAUAUCAUCAUCAUCGGUUCAUCAUCACCAUCGGAGCCUUUCGCAUCUCCUCCACUUGCAUCCACCUUCGCGCACUUUCCGGCAAGGACCUACCAAGCUCGCCGGCAGUAGUCUUGAUGUGAAUUCGGUGCUUGGGAUUGAGGAUUCAUGCUUGGGGAGUUCUUUUGAAGAAUUUGGUGAUUGAUUUGGGAGCUACUGGGUGUGUGGGUGGCUGUUAAUUGGGGUCAUGGAUGUGCUGGAGUACUGUUUCCGGAUUUUUUCUGAAGAACUGAGGCUGAUUAGAUAAUAGUUGAGGGGAUGUCUAUCUUUGGGGGUGAUUUUUGAGCUGUUAGUAGAGUAGGGUUAAAGUUUCCUUGUUUGUGCAGUUGUUCUCUAUUUUGGGAAUAAAAUUAUAAAUUACUUGAUUUAGAUCUUGGGAAUCUUAGUUUUAUUGAUGGAGGCUAGAUUUGGAGGUGAAGGUCAUCAUUUCUAUGCCAUGAAUCCAUUGGAUUUGCGGGCGGUAGGGAAAAGGACUUUAGACUGGGAUUUGAAUGAUUGGAAAUGGGAUGGAGAUCUUUUCAUUGCUAACCAGUUAAAUUCGGUGCCUACUGAUAGCAUGGGCCGACAAUUAUUCCCUCUAGGAGCAGGCAUUCCAGUAGCUGGAAAUUCAUCCAAUAGUUCAUCAUCUUGCUCUGAUGAAGUGAAUCCUGGAGCUGAGAAAGGAAAACAUGAAUUGGAGAAGCGGAGGAGGGUUAUUGUAGUUGAAGAUGACAGCCAGAAAGAUGAAGCAGGUAGCCUUACUUUGAAGCUUGGUGGUCAUGGUUAUCCAACUAGUGAAAGGGAGAUGGGAAAUUGGGAAGGAACAAGUGGGAAGAAGACUAAGUUGGGGGGUGGUACCACAAAUCGUGCAAUCUGUCAGGUGGAGGACUGUGGGGCUGAUCUAAGUAAUGCAAAGGAUUAUCAUAGACGACAUAAAGUUUGUGAGAUGCAUUCCAAGGCUAGUAAGGCACUUGUUGGAAAUGUCAUGCAGCGGUUCUGUCAACAAUGUAGCAGGUUUCAUGUCCUCCAGGAGUUUGAUGAAGGUAAGAGAAGCUGUCGCAGGCGUUUAGCUGGUCAUAAUAAAAGGAGGCGGAAAACAAAUCCAGACACUGUUGCUAAUGGAAGUUCAGUAAAUGAUGAUCAGACUAGUGGUUAUCUAUUGAUAAGUCUGUUGAGGAUACUUUCUAACAUGCAUUCCAACCAAUCUGAUCCGGCCACAGAUAAGGAUCUCCUAUCUCUUCUUUUAAGGAGCCUUGCAAGCCAUACUGGUGAACAUGGGGGAAGAAACAUAUCUGGGCUUUUGGCAAAUGAUGGUGCUUCUAUUGUAAAUUCUGAAGCUAUUUCAGCUUUAUUAUCAAAUGGACAAGGUCUUCCUCGGCCCUUUAAGGAACAUCUUGCAAUACCUGUAUCAGAAGUGCCUCAGCAAGGAGUACAUUCCCAUGGUACUAGGGGUGUAGAAGUCCAAAAAAGCACUGGUGGACAAAUCAAGAUGAAUAACUUUGACCUGAAUGACGUAUAUAUUGACUCCGAUGAUGGCACAGAUGAUACUGAGAGAUCACCUGUUCCUGUGAAUCUGGUGAGCAGCUCCCUUGAUUGCCCUUCAUGGGCACAACAAGAUUCUCAUCAGUCAAGUCCACCUCAGACAAGUGGAAACUCGGAUUCCGCUUCUGCCCAAUCACCUUCUAGUUCCAGUGGUGAUGCUCAGAGCCGUACAGAUAGAAUUGUAUUUAAACUAUUUGGGAAAGUGCCCAAUGAUUUUCCUCUUGUCUUGCGAGCUCAGAUUCUUGACUGGUUAUCUCAUAGUCCAACUGACAUUGAGAGUUACAUCAGGCCUGGUUGCAUUGUUCUAACAAUUUACCUACGUCAAGCUGAGGCUGCAUGGGAAGAACUUUGCUGUGAUCUGAGUUUCAGUUUGAAUCGGCUUGUGGAUACUUCAGAUGACGCUUUUUGGAGGACUGGAUGGGUUUAUAUUAGGGUGCAACAUCAAAUAGCAUUCAUUUAUAAUGGUCAGGUUGUUGUAGACUCAUCCUUACCUCUCAGAAGUAACAAUUACAGUAAAAUUACAAUGGUCAAACCAAUUGCAAUAUCUGCUAGUGAAAUAGCUCAAUUUUCAGUGAAAGGCAUCAAUCUCAGUCAGCCUGCCACAAGGUUGCUCUGUGCAGUAGAAGGGAAGUAUCUGGUUCAGGAAGAUACUCAUGAGUUGUCGGCUAAUGAUAAUAUUAAGGAGCAUGAUGAGCUGCAAUGUGUUAACUUCUCUUGCUCUAUCCCAAGAAUGACUGGGAGGGGGUUUUUUGAGAUUGAAGAUCAUGGUUUCAGCAGCAGUUUCUUCCCUUUCAUUGUCACUGAGGAGGAUGUCUGUUCAGAGAUCCGCAUGCUUGAGAAUUUGUUGGAGUUUACUGAAAGUGAUGUAGAUGUUGGUGGAACUGAAGAUUUCGAAGCCAAGGAUCAAGCCAUGGACUUCAUUCAUGAAAUUGGUUGGCUUCUUCAUAGAAGUCAAUUGAAAUCUAGAUUGGGUCCCUUGGAUCCCAACCCGGAGCUGUUUCCUUUAAGACGGUUCAAGUGGCUUAUGGAGUUCUCUAUGGACCAUGAGUGGUGUGCUGUUGUGAAAAAACUCCUAAAUAUUCUGCUUGAGGGAACUGUGGGUUCAGGGGAGCAUCCUUCCCUUAACAUUGCAUUAACAGAGAUGGGUCUCCUACACAGAGCUGUGAGGAAAAACAGUAGACCUCUAGUUGAGCUCCUUCUAAGAUUUGCCCCUGACAGAGCUUCAGAUAAAGUAGGAUCUGAGCACAAGGUACUAGCUGAUGGUGGUCGUGACAGCUUCUUGUUUAGACCUGAUGUCACAGGCCCAGCAGGUUUGACACCUCUGCACAUUGCAGCCGGGAAAGAUGGUUCUGAGGAUGUGCUGGAUGCAUUGACUGAUGAUCCCAGAAAGGUGGGCAUUCAAGCAUGGAACAGCACUCGUGAUAGCAGUGGUUCCACGCCUGAAGAUUAUGCACGCUUGCGCGGCCACUACUCAUACAUCCACCUGGUCCAGAGGAAAAUCAGUAAGAGACCAACUGCCGGGCAUGUUGCGGUUGAAAUUCCUAGUGCCAUCAAAGACUACAAUAAGACCCAGAAACAAUGUAGUGAGUCAACCUCCAGCCUUGAAAUUGGACAGCCUAGAUUGAGACCCAUCCAAAGGCAGUGUAGGCUGUGUGACCGGAGGCUGGUUUACAGAACGCCAAGCAGAUCUUUAGCUUACAGGCCGGCAAUGCUCUCAAUGGUGGCCGUCGCUGCAGUCUGUGUCUGUGUUGCUCUACUAUUUAAGAGCUAUCCUGAAGUCAUCUAUGUAUUCGGUCCCUUCAGGUGGGAAAUGCUGGACUACGGAUCGAUCUGAAGUCCAUUAACUCUCAACUGGAUAACAUGUAAUAGAUGUUUGUAUUUGUUUGUGUUGAGACAAGAUAUCGUGCGUAACCAUCGCGAGGAACUGAAUUUCCUGAUACAGUAAUGUGAUUGACGUAUUUAUUUGUUGUUCAUUGUAAUCUAAAUAUGUAAGUACAUAGGUCUCUCUCUGGGUUCCUAACUUGAAAACUGAUGUUGGGAGAGGUAGCUUUGUAACGUUAUUCCAUAGUAAUAAUGUUUUGUGUUCGGCAAUUCUCAUGUAUCAUCAGGAAAAACUCUUCUUGUUGAAACAGUAAUGUGCAUCAUGUUGAUGAAUUACGUUGAUGGAAGAAUGAGUUUUUCUUAUUAGGAAAUAAUUUUUGUAUAAUUUU